UACUUACAAAGUUAAUAUACAUAUCAUGGCAAUGAGAAGCUCCGGCGAGCCGGAGAACAUCGCCGGAGAGGAGAAGAAGUACAAGGGAGUGCGUCGCCGGAAGUGGGGGAAAUGGGUAUCAGAGAUAAGAGUACCGGGUUCGACACAAAGACUAUGGUUAGGCUCAUAUUCGACACCGGAAGCCGCGGCGAUGGCUCACGACACCGCCGUCGUACUCCUUCGACCAAGUUCAUCGUCUUUUAACACUCUAAAUUUUCCAAAUGAAGCUCCUAGUUUUGCUUUAGAGCCCGGAAAUGUCUCACCGGACACGGUGCAAAGGCUUGCAUCGAACCGGGGAAUGGCGAUGGAUGCCCGGUUAACGGUGAAGUUGCCGGAGAAGGAGGAGGAUAGGCAUGCAGAGAAUUUGGUUAUGUUGCAUGAGAGUGAGUUUGGAGGUGGUGAUAUAUCAGUUGAUGAUUAUAUUUGUAAUUAAUUAAGAUAAUAAUUAAGGUUAGUGAUUUUGGUAGAUAAUUAAAUAAAUGGAUAAUAAUUUAUAUGAUGAGAUUAAAGGUUUAGAAGUUUGUAUUUAUUUCUCUUUUGGUUUUUUUUUUGCAAAGAGAGAGAUGAUGGUGAGGAUGGAAAAGUCUUAAUUUAAGCUUUUGGGUGAUGUGAAGUUUGAUGCUUUGUGGAAAUUAGUGGAAUUUUGU